AAGGGUUUUGUGAAGCAGUGGAAGAUUGUGGCUUGCUAGAAAUUUGAAUGAUUGAACACUUGUAUACAUGGCACUUUAGAGAGGUAGAGGAGAAGCUAGAUCAUGUACCUUUAUCGUUAAGGGCAAAGGGACGGGCGAAAGAAAAGUAUACAGGGGCAUCGGUUUCGGUUCGAGGAGAUGGGAAAGAGGAAGAGGAGAAUCGAUUGCAAGUAGAGAUGGAGGAAUGGCUCUUACGUGAGGAGAUAAUGUGGAGACAAUAUUUUAGGGAAAUAUGGCUACAGGAUGGAGACAAGAAUUCAAAAUUUCUUCAUGGCAAAGCUUUGAGGAGGCAUGAGAGGAACGUUGAACAAAAGUUGUUGUCUAGUGAUGGUGUAUGGAGAAUGGAUGCUAGGGAGGAGGGUUACGGUGGAGCAUAUGUGGGGUUACUAGCUCUGUUCACAGGAGAAGAGGUGCGAAAGGCUUUAUUUCAGAUGCACCCGUCUAAGGCAUUGGGUCCGGAUGGGAUGUCGCCCAGUUUUUUCCAGAAGUAUUGGGAUAAGCUGGAGAGAAUUAUGAAUAGGUAUUGGUGGGGAAAGGGGGAGGAUCAACUUAAAAUUCAUUGGACGGAAUGGAGGAGAUUAGCGAAUUCGAAGGAGGAUGAGGGAGGGGGGUUGGGUGUUAGAUCUAUGCAUCAGUUUAAUUUGGCUAUGCUAGGGAAGGGGUAUAGGCCAAGUUUUACAUGGUGUGGUAUAUGGGAGGCUAGAAAAGAUGGAUGGGUGUGGCAAUUCACUAAGAAUGGAGGAUAUAUGGCGAAAUCGGGAUACUAUGUAGCCUGUUCAAUGGCUGAUGAUACUGUUGAUAGGCCAUCAAGUUUGGAGGGGCAAUUUCGAGUACGGUUUUUGUGGAAACUGCAAAUGCCUAAGAAGAAGAGGAGUCUUUACUUCACUAUUUUAAAGAUUGUGUGGUGGCAAGAGCGGUGUGGUUGGGAAGCCAAGUGGGCUUACGUGUUUCUGAGCUUCAAGUUGCAAGUUUUGGAGAAUUUUUUUGAGGUGAUGGAAAACAGGUUUCACAGGAGCAAUUGCAGCUUUUCUAUUAUCUGUGCUGGUUAUUAUGGCAUAAUAGGAAUGAAGUGGUGUGGAGUUUCUAAGCAGCAACGGACUUUUGGAAUAAGGGUGAUAAUAAGAGAUAAGAGUGAGAAUGUCAUGGUAGUUUUGCAAGCAAGAAGGCAUGGGUAUCUUUCUCCAAAGGCAGUGGAGGCUAGUAGCUUGCAGAUGGGCCUGGUGUGGGCGUAUGAGUUGGGUUUCAAUAGGCUGGUGGUGAAGUGCAACAGUAGCAAUGUAGUUGCAGCAAUGGGAAAAGUGAGUGCAGACUUAUAAUUGGAGUAGGGAAUGGUGGGUCAAGAUUGUGUUUCUAUUAUGGCAAAAUUCCAAGUGUGCCAAUUGCAGCAUAUCUACUGUGAGAGUAAUAGGGUAGUAGAUGGGUUAGCAAGGGAGGCUUUGGAUGGUGAGGUGGAAAGGUGUGGAUCGAGGAGAUUCCUCCAUAGAUUGUGGAAAUUAUACUUCAAGAAAGAUUUUAGGCUCAUGAGGUUUAUGUUUGUCUUUUAUAAGUAAAUUUUUCUACUGGAA